GGUGCAGCUGCGAUCCGCAGAGGGGAAAGCAAAAGGAGAAUGAUUUCCUCGCUCAGCCCCACGGAGGGGUUGACAUUUCCACCUGCCCCAUUCCUAAUUAAGGCAAAGGGAUCGCCGCCCGAGUGCUAAUUAUAGCCGGCAGAGCGACAGGUGCGCGCGUGACCCCACGAUCAGAGCCGGGAGGGGGGAGGAGGAGGAUCUGGGGGGGGGGGGUUGGGCUGUGUGGCCCCAAAAUAUGGCAUUGGGGGCAGAUCGGUGUCAACUAUGGGGCGGGGAAACGGCCGCCGGGUGCUAUAAACCCGCAGCAAAGAGCCUCUGAUUCAAUGGAACAGCGGAGCAGGGCUGAGCCCAGCAGGAACGCAGCGCAGCCAGCAGGGGAAAGGGCCCCUCUGUGCAAAACCCCACAAACUGUGGGGUUCUCCACCUCCUCCUCCUCCCCACACCGCACAGCUCCGCCAUGGAGUACAUCAUAGGGAUCGGAGGCGUCACCAAUGGGGGCAAAACCACGCUGACCAACAGGAUCGUCAAGGCGCUGCCCAACUGCUGCGUCGUCCACCAGGAUGACUUCUUCAAGCCCCAGGAUCAAAUAGAAGUCGGGGAGGACGGCUUUAAGCAGUGGGACGUGCUGGACUCGCUGGAUAUGGAGGCCAUGGUGAGCACGGUGCGUGCCUGGAUGGAGAACCCGGUCAAGUUUGCCCGUUCCCAUGGGGUGAACGUCACGCCCGACCCUACAGAGCCUCCCUCCAAAGAGCCCCACAUUCUGCUCAUCGAAGGCUUCCUGCUUUACAACUACAGACCCCUGGUGGAGCUCUUCGACCUCCGCUACUUCCUGGCAGUGCCGUACGAUGAGUGCAAACGGAGGAGGAGUACACGCAGCUACACUGUCCCUGAUCCCCCCGGCCUCUUCGAUGGCCACGUGUGGCCCAUGUACCUGAAACACCGCAAGGAGAUGGAGGACAGCGGGGUCGAUGUCGUCUAUUUAGAUGGGCUGAAGAGCAGGGAGGAGCUCUACAACGAAGUCCUGGAGGACAUCAGGAACAGCCUGCUGAACCGCCCCCCAGGGCCCCAGAAGAGCUGAGGGACCCCAUGUACAGAUGUAAAUACUACUUAACGCCGACGUCGGAAGGAGGGUUGAUUUGGGAAACGUCUUUUGUAUAUAAUCGAGAACUGAAGAUAAUUUAUUUGCAACCGUGCCGGGCAGGAUUUGUUAUUUUAUUUUAUUUUUUUAUAUUCCACCACUUUCACCAGAAGUUGGGAACUCCUUUUCCUGAUGGAAAGAACAGAGGCCGCCUUUGGGACCCGGCCGCUCUGCAACGUCAUCGUUCCCAUUGAGUAAAACCAGUUCAAAUCUCU